UGGAAAGUGGAAAGUCCAAGAUGGCGGACUAAGCGGCGUGGCUUGAUCUUAUAGAUUCAAAAAUAGCAUCAAAUACCUCAACUAUUCACAUUUUCUUAAGCCCACCAAACGGACUUUGAGUGUGGAGCGACGGCGUGUUAUCUGAAGUGAAGAUUGAAGACGUGAUAGAAGAUGGACGACUACUGCUAUGCUAAGAUGGCGACGUCCGCUAAAAGAGAACAUGAAAGAGAAUCAGCGCCACCAACGGAGAACAAUCUGAAAAGCGAAGAUGAAGACGUCCAGCAGCUGAUCGGUAAUCCAGAAGAAGUUUCCCCUCAGUUAGGGGGGAGCUCCACUUUGAAGCAGGAGACUCCACAACCACCCUGCAUUAAAAAGGAAGAGGAGGAACUCUGCAUCACUCAGGAGGGAGAGUGUCUUCUAGGACGAGAGGAAGCUGAUUACACCAAGUUUCCACUGAGUAUUCUCUCUGUGAAGACUGAAGAUGAUGAAGAGAAACCACAAGUAGACAACCUCUUAGCUCCACUAUCAGAUCGUGAGGCUGAAGACGAGGUUGAAGAACCUUUGAGCAGAGAUAAAGACUGUGAAGGUGAUAUGAGGACUCACACUGACAACAAACACUCUGAAUGCUCUACAAAGAAAAUAGGUAAAAUAUGUUUGAGUUGUUCAAUUUGUGCUGAAAGUUUUAUUUUAAAGGGCCAAUUAAAUCAACACAUGAAGACACACACAGGGGAAAAACCAUUUAAUUGUUCAGUUUGUGGCAAAAGCUUUUCUAAAAAUAUCCACUUGACUAAACACAUGAGAACACACACAGGAGAAAAAACAUUUAAAUGUUCAGUUUGUGGCAAAAUAUUUGAUCGAAAUAGCCAUUUGACUCAACACUUGAGAACACACACAGGUGAAAAACCAUUUAAUUGUUCAGUUUGUGACACAAGCUUUUCUCAAAGUGGCUCUUUGACUCAACACAUGAGAACACACACAGGUGAAAAACCAUUUAAUUGUUCAGUUUGUGACACAAGCUUUUCUCAAAGUGGCUCUUUGACUAAACACAUGAGAACACACACAGGUGAAAAACCAUUUAACUGUUCAAUUUGUGGUGAAAACUUUUCUAUUAAGAACAUUUUGACCGAACACAUGAGAACACACACAGGUAAAAAACCAUUUAGUUGUUCAGUGUGCUGUAAAAGGUUCCCACAUAAUGCAGACGCAGUAAAACACACAAAAACCCACAAAAACCCACAAGAGAAAAUAAGUAUUUCUAAAAUAGCUGUUUAGUUUGUGGUAUGUUGCUAAUAUGUGGUGACAUCCACCCUACCCAGGACCUCCUCACUGCUUCUUUCACAAAUAUCUGAGGUAUUCGUACAAACUUGGAUUAUUUGGAGCAUAAUCUUAUCUACUCAUGACCCCAUGUCUUCUCUGUAUCUGAAACCUUCCUGAACAGUAAGAUAGAUGAUGCUUCAAGUGCUUGGUUACUCCUUCUUCAGUCCAGGGACCUGGGGCCUCAUGUGUCAAGUUUGUGCACGCUCAAAAACCUGCACUACACCCUUUUUCACUGCAAAGUUGAGAUGUAUCAAAACUGACAUAAUUAAAAUGCAGCAUGAGACACUGCACACUGAUAUAGUUCUGUGAAAAUGAUUGUCUUCUGUGCAAAUGUAAAGAAAGUGAACAGUGUGUGAUUUACUGCAAUACUGUCAGUCUUUUAACUUUUUAUUUGUGCUUUGUUGAAAUUGUUCACACAUUGCACAACUUUUAUUUUUCUAUCAAUACACGUUAUGUCUAGAAGACAGGAAGUAACUCAACACUCUUGAAUAGUUUCUACCUCAGUGUGUAUGGUUUGUUGAGUUAGCACAGGAUUAAUAUGUGGAAAUGACAAAUGAGGUAGUUGAUACAUAGAAUAGUUUUUAUUCAUGCUUUAUUUUGUUUUUUGUUCAAUCCUAGAUGGGUUGUGACUUAAAGUUUAAUAGAAACACUGAGAUUAAGUCUAAGUACAUUGUGUUUUUUAAGGUGUUUUUGAAAAUGCGCCAUUUUUUUCUCUCUAAUAUGUGUAACUAACUUGAAGUAUUUUGAUUAUGAUUAUUUGUGAUAUGUACAUUUUCAGGAUGUGCUUGUUCUAUUU